AAAAAGUGAGAUUUGGUAUUUGAAAUUGUUGAUAUACAAAAUUGGAAAAACACUAAAUAUAUGUCGUUUUGUUCACGAGAAUUGGUAUUAAGCGAAUAAUGGACGACAGUAGCAAUACAAAUUGAAACGAUGGCGGUAUACCAGAAACUACUUUUGAUUCUAAUUAUUAUCACCUACCCAUCCGAUGGAUUCCCACCAGAUGCUCUGACAGGGUCUGCCUCGUAUGCCAAACAUCAUGCAGAAAUAACACGUAUUUCAAUCCGUGUUGCUGUUGGCAAAUUUAUAAAGGAAAACAAUCUGACUGUUGUCGACGACAGCAUUGAUGUGAUAAAUUUAGUCGAUGUAUUCUUUGGAAAUGAUAGUGACGGAUUGCAAGAGUUCAGUAGACGGGAAGAUGAAAUAAUACAACAUGUCAAGAACCAAGAAAGAUCUGAUAAUGCACAUAUUCAUUGCAACUCUGAACAGAUACAACUAGCAAAUACCCAUUUAUUACAACUUCGGAAACAGAUCGGACAACUAGCGCAAAGUUCUGAACCGGAUCUUUUUUUAAUACGUGAAAUGAUUGGACAAUGUCUAUAUACCAUUCAGGCAUUUUACAGUGGAACAAAUUGGGUUGAAAUGAACGGCGACACAGUGUAUAGAGAUUUUGGGGUACCAAAUAAGACUUUGAUGGCUGUUGCAGAUUCUACAGUGGACACGUGUCGUGAUUGUGACAAUUCCGGUUCAGAUACAAGCUCCUGCAAGAAUAAUUUGUUGAUAAAUAAUGCGUUAACAAGCGGAUAUCAAACAGGUCAUGAUAUUCAACCUCCAUAUAAAACAAGUGGUGAUAUUGAUAAAGGUAAGUGUGGAUUUGGAGGGACCUCCGACACAGAAAAUGGACAGAGAACUGCAAUAGGUGGAAUAAACAAAGACAGACCUGAUUCAAAGUAUUCGCCACAUCAUCAUUUACAUUACCAAGCAUUCUUUGCUGCAAGAAAGGCAACAGAGCAGUUUUUGAUAGAUCCAGAAAUUGGAAUUAUCAAUGAGUUAGAAAAUGACUUAUUUGCUGAAGUGUUUAACUUGAAAGAAAAACAUAAGGCGUCGUUUGCCUUUGUAAUUGAUGACACCGGCUCUAUGAGCGAUAACAUUGAUAAAGUUCAAGAUGCAUGCGUAGACAUAAUUACAGACGUUUUAGAUUCGACGAAUGAACCAAUUGAUUAUAUUUUGGUUACAUUCAACGACCCGACUGAGCAUAUUCAUCGUUUGACCACAACAAAUGGACUCGAGAUGAUUGAAACAUUAGAAUCGCUUUCCGUGAGUGGAGGGGAUGACUGUCCUGAAUAUGCUAUGAGUGGAAUGCUGAAAGGUAUUGAACUGUGUAGAGAAAAUUCUAUACUGUUUUCCUAUACAGACGCAUCUGCAAAAGAUGAAAGUAACAGACAAGCAGUUAUCGAUGCUGCAAUUGCCAAAAAUAUUAAGCUCAGUAUUUUUGCAGAGGGCAAUUUGUGUGGUAAACGCAAAAGGAGAGAAGCAGGUCGAUGGAAGCGAGCAACAGGAUCUGAUGUGUAUUAUGAAAUUGCCGAGGCUACAGGCGGAAAAGUUUACCAGAUCAGUACAUCAGAAAUAGCUGACGUCAUGAAACAUAUCACACAGGAGCUCUUACCGUCGGCAACAGCUGUGAUUAAUGUUUUAAACCUCGAUGCUACUGCGGAUGAUUUUGUUACCUUUCCUGUUGACAAUAUGAUAACUAAUUUGAAAGUAACUAUACUUGGAGCCGCUUCUACCACUGAAGUUGAUGUACACUCCCCUCUUGGAUCAGUAAUGACAAGUUCAAGUACAAAUGUUUUAUUUGAAAACCCAAACAAAGUAGUUGUUACAGUGGCGAACCCAACAUCUGGUAUGUACACUCUGUUCAGAACAGGAAAUAGCCACUGGAGUGUUAAUGUAACUGCCCAGUCCGCAAUAGACUUUGAUUAUACCAUUACAGAAGAAGCAAAUGACGGAUACUUGUACAAAAUAGUAGGAAAUCCUAUCAUAGGCGAAACAUAUACAAUUUUUCUAACAGUUUAUAACUUACCAGAGAAUGCCACAGCUACAACAAUGCAACUUACAGAAGGUUCAGGAAGUGAAAAACAUUUCAAUUUAACACAAAUGACAUCUGAUUUUGUUUCGAUGUAUUUUUGUUCCGCAAGUCUAAUAUCAGAGGUGUAUCAAAUCAGUAUCUAUGGAACAGACGACAAUGGGACCACAUGGAUGAGAACGUCACCUAACACGAUAUCGCCAGUAAAUGUCAAACUAGCCCUUUCUUCAACAGCUGACCUGUAUGUGAAUACGAUUGGAAAUGUUUCCUACAUUAUUGAUAACAAAGGAACAACAAACGAAACAUUUACAGCUAGACUUACGGAUAAUAGAGGAUUGCUGAUAGGCCAGACACAUUUUUAUGAAAUCAUUGCCAGUAAUGAAUCUACAGAAAUCAUGUUUCAGUUACAGGGUUCAAGUUCAUUUAGCACCGUGACAUAUACUAUAUCUGUAACGAGAUCUGGCUCAACAAAUACACUUCAACAAGAAAGCAAAACACUAUAUAUAAGUCCAGAUAUUCCACCAAUGUGCAGUGUUGACACUUUGAAUGGACAGUGUGACAAUAACUAUGGUAACGGUACCUGCUUGGACAGUACAUGGACUGGUCAAGCAACAAUAACAUUUACUACAGAUCUCCAGUCUGUCACAGGAUCUAAUGGUAUGAAUGUGGACAUGAGCAGUGUACUAUCAUCGCCAUCAGUAGUAACUGUGAGUGGCACCUGUUGUACACCAUCGACAUACUUAACUAUAAUUGACAAAACUAAUAAUUUUGUCCGAUGCCAUUUCUUCCUUGGAGACGUGAUCUAUAUAGAUGAUUCUAAAUCUGUAUUGUCGACAGCUGAACAGAUAGCAGUAGGUGUCAUAGCAGGAAUAGUUGUGGCCUGUUUACUGGCAACAGUGACAUUUGUUAUAGUCGUCUAUCGCAAAGGUGUGAAACCAAAGCUAAAUGCCAUGAAGGUUGAUAAUCUGAAUAGAGAGGCUGUAAAGACUUUUCCUAUGAAAAAGGAAAACUCCUCAAAACAACUAUUUUGUGAUGACUUUAUGACUUUGAAAUGUGACUUUAAAAGUCAACCACCACGAGAUACCCAUUUUCCACAUGACUUAGAAUUGGAAAUAAAUGAUUUUCAAUAAGGCUUAGUAUUACCAAAAUGUUUAUCUAAUGAUGAAAUGCAACUAAACUUGGUUCUUCUUUUAUGUAUUUGACAUAAACUGAAUAUUGUAUUUAUGUGUGUCUGAUAGAUUUACAACAGUUUUAACAUAUGUUCUUGUAGUUAAGGGAAAACUAUUUGACGUAUUACGGAACAUAGAAGUCCAGUUCAAUUUUUAUACUUGCGUUUUUGUUCUUUAGAGGUGUCAUCAAAAUAUUGAAACAUUUCAAUAAUUGAUUAAAUAUUGAAAAGUUAUACUGUAUACGGUUCAAUGGUACUUAAUUCAUGUUUAUAUAUUAUUUUAUAGAAUAUUAUUCCGACAUUUAGACAAAGAUAGUACAGAAAAAAAAUCUGCAUUUAGAAUCAUUUUAUCGAGUACAGUUUCAAAAUUAAUGUAACAAUGUCAUUUCAUCAA